CGAGUAAAUGGUGAAGGUUUAUCAUUAUCAAAUGAUCAACAACAACGACGAAGAAAAAAUGGUCUAUCAACAACAACAUCAAUAAUUCAAAGAAAUGGUAAAUCAACACGAUUGACAACAAAUAAUGAAACACCAUUGCUUUCGCAUCUUUUUAUGGGAACGCAUAAUUCUACUAGUGAUUCGAUAUGA